AUGGAGGAAGUUAUAUUUGUUCAUCCAGAAACAUCUUAUAAAAUUUUUGACCUUAAACAAGAGCUUAUGCCUAAAUUGGAGCAUUUAAUAUUAUCUAGCAAAUCACAACUUACAGUUGAGCUUAGCCUCCUUGAAAAAAUGCUCGAGUAUUUGAAGCUUUCAGAAUCCCAACAAACAAGCUCCGAACGGUUAUUUAUGAGAAUAAGUAAUCGCAAAACAGUUAAGCCCAAUAAAAAACGCUCAAAUUCUUUGGCUAAGCCGAAGCCAGGACGACAAAAUAGUCAAAACCAAAAGCAAAUUGAUCACCAUUCAACAGCGCAUGGUGCUUUAGGUCCUUGCACAGUAGAUCAAUCUAUUAAUGUUGGUGCCUCACAAAAUCAAGAUCGAGUUGAUAAUAGGUUUAAAAAUGCAUUAGCCACAUACGAUAACAACGAUAACAACUUCGUUAAUAUAUGCACUGCGCCAUUUCAAAUAAAUAACGAGGAAAUCAUUUCGUCAUCUGAUUCUUACGUUUUGUCACCUGAUUUCAACGUUUCGUCACCUGAUUUUAACGUUUCGUCACCUGAUUCUAACGGUUUGGCACCUGAUUCUAACGUUUUGUCACCUGAUUUUAACGCUGAUUCUAACGUUAUGUCACCUAUGCCUUACGAUAUGUCACCUAUGUCUUACGAUAUGUCACCUAUGUCUUACGUUAUUGAUUUUGCUGGGAACAACAACUUUGACACUCAAAUAUAUAAUGACUACUAUUACUAUUAUUUUCAUCCUAAUAUGUCAUUCAUGUUCGAUGACCAAUUUCAAUGGUACAAUGCUAUAAUAGUUGCAAUAAUAUUUAAUCGAUUAUGUAAUGUGCCUAUGGCUAUAGAAAGCGAAAAUUGGAGAUAUACCUUUUAA